CCAAAUGCAUGUACAUGGACGAACUACUACAAGCAUUGCGCAACCCAUUUCAGAGCCAUGUGUGACAUAUGACGGGGCUAGUGUGGCCUUUCGCUACGUCACCCCGGUUCUAAACUUCAAGAUACAAAGUUGCCACUACUCCUUACUAGCUACCGAGCCUAACCAUGCCAGAACUACACAGCCCGCUCCAGAGUCUGUCGAAUUUCCGCGACGUCGGCCGGUUUUGCAACGACAGCAUUGGCACAAGUAACCUCAAACCCGGCUUGCUGUUUCGAAGCGCGCGACCUGACGAGGCUUCUUUCCAAGACAGGCAAAGACUUCUCAAGGAAUUCAAUGUCAAAUCAAUAAUCGACCUGCGUACAAAAACGGAACACAUUGAGCAGGCGCAGAAGCAUGGGGCGAGGAUCAAAGCGUCGGCUGCCGUGCCCCAGAGCAACGCCGAGGUGACAGAACCGCUCGAGAUAGCCGGCAUCACCUACCACCAAAUCAACUUCAAUGGAUCGGCCUUUUCACGCAUGCUUGUUUCCAAGUUGACCUGGAUGGAGUUCUUUAGGCUGAUUGGGCUCAUGGUCUUUGGCUAUCGCACAGAUGCCAUCAAAAUCCUCGCUCCUCAUAUGGAGGAAAUGGGGCUUGUUGGGCUAGCUACGCAAUCCUUGGACGUUUGCACACACGAAGUCGCACAAGUUUUCAAUGUGCUUGCCAAGGACGAGAGCUGGCCACUGCUCGUGCAUUGUACUCAGGGAAAGGACCGAACGGGCCUUGUGGUGAUGCUCAUUCUUCUGCUCUUGAAAAUCGACUUGGGCACUGUCGACAAAGACUACCAGCUUUCCGAGUCAGAGCUUGCAUCUGAGAUGGAGGAAAGAUUGCGGGAGAUAAGGUCCAUUGGCUUGUCCAGACAAUUUGCCCUAUGUCCCCCAGACUUUGUGCCAAAAGUGAAUGCUCAUAUAUUGGAGAGGUAUGGCAGUGUCGAGCAGUACCUGGAGAAAGCCGGCGUGAGCAAGGAGCAGAUGGACUUUGUCAAGCAGAAGCUAUUGGUAAAGGUGUCCUGAGCGCUCUCUGCUCUCCACCAAUGGGCUUGGCGGGUUCUGGCGUAUGCUCUUAUCUGUUAGACACAUGGUAUUAGUGCCGAGCACAUGCACCUGUUCGAGAGCAGCCUGACCACCUGUUGCCUCAUGCACCGCAGUGCACACCCCUUAUGGGAAUACUUUAUGGGCCUAGUGAAGGAUACAAUGUACCGGUGUGAGUG